GACACCUUGUACUGCUCCAAUCCAGGAAUCCGUUUUACGAAGACUCGCAACGUCUUUGGCAACAUGUUUGUCUCAGAUUGCAACAUCACAGAUACGCUUUAUUCAUCAUACACAAUCUAAAGCAACACAGGGUUAAUGCGAGGCAGGUCUUCUAUUGCAGUGCGGCCUGGAUUGAGGUUGGAACAGGGUAGCAAACACGACGCUGCCGUCCCAAUAUGUGACGGCAAUUUAUCCACAAAUCGGACAAUGCAAGUAAAGGUCCUUCGCCCAAUCGCGCUGAUCGGCGUCACAUCGCAUUUGUACAAUGCCUUGGAAUUUGGUUGGGAUUUCUUUAUAAUGCAUAGCUUGCCAACACCAUGAUCGUUCAAAUUCCAUCAAUGGUUGAUAAGUUACAAGUGGCGCAAGGCAGACAAGUCAGUGGAGGUCGCGGACACGAGGUCAAGAUAGAUAUGAAAAAGCAACUAAAGCUCAAGCGAAGCAGUCAGAUGCAUCUCGAUAUCAGGAGUAUCAGACAUCCUGGGGAUUUGGAACGAGUUAUUAAUUCAGGCCCGUUACUAAAACGCAACGUCAUCAGCCGGAGAACCCGAUACAUGCUUGGAUUUGUCAAGGGAAUGCCAGCACCGAUUGCGCAAGGGAAGGAAGCAUCGGACUUGAGUAUGCUGGGAAUACAAAGGAAAGGACGGUUCAAUAAAGUGAAGAUGUCAAGCUCGUGGUUGAGAUGGGCGGUGUACCAAUAUAGAAGGGAACGUCCACCUGGAACACACAUAAGGAGACGUGCAGCUACGAGAGGCCUGGUAAUCGAUCGCCUCAAGGUCAAGGUUACAACGGAAGAAACACGAAACUCCGAUAUCAAGGCGAAAGAAAAUCUCCAGGACACAAAGGAAUUCUAUGCAUCGAAUUCUGCAGCUGACCUCGCCUUUUCGGGCGAUAAGUUGGCAAGUGAAUUCAGCAUAUCCCUGGAGGAAAUCUUGAGGAGCCGAGGCCACGAGGGCUACGCUUGGUCACAGACAAAACAAGAAGGUCGUGUGCUUAGGCUGGACAUAACUUGGACAAGCAAACACAAAGAGUCCGUACACAUAGGCCCCAGCUCAACCACAAGUGCACAUCACCCGGUAAGACAGAAGACGAAGACGAAGAGACCAGUCCGUACUCCGCACCAGACAAAAGGCCGUUACCAAGACAAGACGAGCUAG